AUGGCUACCAACGACGACACCAAACACCAGCCCAACGAUGUUUUUCUGAAGUACGACUUGCCUGGUGAUCUUCGAAUCGGGAGCAACACACAAGGCUCCCAUCCGUCGUCAGAUGUUCGACCGGUGCAUUAUUCAGAAUGGGACAAACCAUCGCCCAAUGGCUACGUGGUGUCGGAUCAUAUGAUCAAUGAGCCGCCGAUCGGCAGGCCGUUCAAGAUCAUCAUGAUUGGGGCUGGUGCUGCCGGUAUCGAUUUCCUCCACUACGCUCCCACGGCCCUGAAAGGCCUGGAUGUCGAGAUUCUGUGCUACGAUAAAAAUCCUGAAGUAGGAGGAACGUGGUAUGAAAACCGGUACCCGGGUUGCGCGUGCGACGUCCCUAGCCUGGGGUACACCUUUCCGUGGCGACCAAACCCCUCCUGGACCACCUUUUACGCGAGUGGCAAGGAGAUUUGGGAAUACAUGAAACAAGUGGUCGACGACGAGGGGAUGAUGAAAUACAUCCACCUCAACACGAGCGUAUGCGGGGCCGACUGGGACGAGUCGAAAAGUAAGUGGGUAGUAAAGUUGGCAAAGAAGACCUCCUUGGAGGACGAACAGGGGGUUCUACACUUGGAGGAAGAAUGUGACAUCCUAUUGAACGGCACAGGGUUUCUGAACGCCUGGAAGUGGCCUGAAAUCCCGGGCAUCGAGACUUUCCAAGGCGACCUGUUUCACACCGCACACUAUAAGGAGGGCUAUGAUCUCAAAGGCAAGCGUGUUGCUGUGAUUGGAGCGGGCAGCUCUGGCAUCCAGGUCGUGGGAUCGAUUGUCUCCGAAGUCGAUCAUCUAUACACUUGGGUCCGUAGCCCGACGUGGAUCACUGCAGCCUUUGGACGGGCUUAUGCUGGGGAAAGGGGGGCGAAUUUCACGUAUUCCGCCGCCCAGAAGAAAGCAUUCGAAGCCGAUCCGGAGAUGUAUCACCGCUACAAAAAAACAAUAGAAAGUGAGCUUAAUCAGAGGUUCAGGCUCGUACUUCGUAACACCCGGGAGUCUGACGAAGCAAAUGCGAACGCCUACGCUCAAAUGUCUGCUAUCCUCAAGUCGAAGCCACAUCUGUUAAACGCAAUCAUCCCGUCAGACUUCAACGUCGCGUGUCGUCGCCCGACACCGGGGCAAGGCUAUCUUGAAGCAUUGGUGAAUGAAAAGACGACAGUUUUCACACGGAACAUCAAAGCUAUUAAUCCCACCGGGGUGGUCGACUCUGAGACGGGGAUAGAUUACCCGGUAGACGUGAUCAUCUGUGCCACCGGGUUCGACACGUCAUUUCGACCCCGAUUCCCUAUCACCGGUCUGGAUAAGACGACUUCACUGGCAGAGAAAUGGGCAAAGCACCCAAGUAGCUACCUAGGUAUUGGUGUCGAUGGCUUCCCGAAUUACCUCCUCUACUCAGGCCCCUACACUCCUGUCGCUCAAGGAUCGAUCUUAUCCAUUCUAUCCAUGUUAACAAACCAUUUCCUCGAACUCAUCAAGACUAUGCGCCGACAGCAUAUUCGGCGACUAUCUCCGAAGGAAAAGGCCGUUCGGGACUUCGUUGAGCACGCUAGUACUUUUCUUCCUCGUACCUGCUGGGCGGACCCGUGCCCGAGCUGGUUUAAACAGGGCACGAGAGACGGGCCGUUAGUUAUGUGGCCUGGAUCUCGAAUGUCUUACUUCGAAAUUCUUGAGCACCCGCAAUUUCAAGACUAUGACAUUGAAUAUUGGAACAACAACAAUAGAUGGGGGUUCAUGGGCAACGGCUUUGUCGAUUUCGAAUUUAAAGGUGGUCGUGACUACACCUGGUACCUUGACAAGUACUCCGGCAGGGAGGAAUGGGUACAUGGAGUUUCGAUGAAAGAGGACGCCGAAGAGUUCAAAGCCAUCUCUCGAGGUGCAGUUCCAGGACAAUGCCACAAAGAUCCAGCAGAUGUCAAAGUCAUUGGCGUUCAAAACGGGUCAUAG